AAGACGGUUUCUAUCAGGCUGCACUAAUUUUUCCGGAUUAGCAAAUUUUUCUGUAUUUUUUAAUUUAAUUAAAUAAUUAAUUUAUUAUUAAUUUUGAUCUUUUUCACGAAAUGAAUACUUUGAUUGAUGUUUUUGUUGGCAAUGAAACACUGAUUGACACUGGAGUUUAUCAACUCUGGCUCGACGGCCAGACAGUUGAGAACGCUGCGAAAAUCCAGCAGAAGAAAGGAACUCUUUUACAGUUCGGGGCCACAUUUGAGAUGCUGACAAACGACAUCGAGGACCAGUACCGAACGUUUAAACUUCUCGAGAACUAUUUGAAGAACCCGACCGAACUCUCCUACCAACUCGAGUUACAGCUGGCACCUGAAAUUCAGAGUCAACUUAUCGAAAAGUAUUACGAAUUCGACACGUUAGUCGUUAGGGAAUUCAUCGGCCGCAAGCUAUCGACUCGUCUGAGAAAUUCCUUAGACGACAUUUCCGACAGGACAAAAAUAUCAGUUAGAAGCUGUAAGAGGCAGUUUGACAAUGUGAAACAAGUCUUGAAGGUGGUUGAAGACUUGCCUGGUUCCAUUCUAAACAACAUCAUCAGUAACUUUUUACUCUCAUCUCAUUUGGCACAGCAGUAUGCAGCUAUGGUCUUUUUGAAUACGAAUAGGUUCGAUCUGACGAAGAAGAAGUUAAGUCACUUAACGUUCCAUGAUCUCGUACACUGUGCUAAUGUCAUUAUGAACAGCUGGUCCAUAUCUUUGCACGACUCGAAGGACGGGGGCGACGCUAAUGAUGCCGACCUUGACCGCGACUUCCUCCAGGAGGUCAAGGAGUUCAAGGUCA